AUGAUGCAAAACCCGUAUCUAUAUGCUCACCACCAGCAGCACACCCCGCAGGGUGACUCUGCGUGGAUGCACCAGCAGACUACGCAUCACCAGCAUGCCCAGCAGGCCGCCGCCGCCGCCGCCGCAUCUGUCGCCCAACAGCACCAUUACAGCCGCAUCGCCUCGGCACACUCGGCAGCAAAUGCGGCCGGUCUGGUCUCGGCCGCCCACGCCGUCGGCCAGGAGAGUGGCAUGGACGCCGGGGUAUCCGAGGACAAUCGCAGGACACUGGCCUACAUCGCUGACCUGCUAAACGAAAACACCCGUGAGGCCGCGCUGCUCGAGCUCAGCAAGAAGCGCGAGCAGGUUCCCGAGCUAGCGCUUAUCCUGUGGCAUUCGUUUGGCGUCAUGACCUCGCUGUUGCAGGAGAUCAUCUCAGUCUACACACUGCUUAACCCAUCCCAGCUUACCGCGGCGGCUUCCAACAGAGUCUGCAACGCCUUGGCCCUAUUGCAAUGUGUCGCAUCCCACAACGAGACUAGAACUCUCUUCCUGAAUGCGCACAUUCCUCUGUACCUAUAUCCGUUCCUCAACACAACGUCGAAGUCAAGACCCUUCGAGUACCUGCGUCUUACUUCACUCGGCGUUAUUGGAGCACUCGUGAAGAAUGACUCUUCUGAAGUCAUCAACUUCCUUCUCACAACUGAGAUCAUCCCUCUCUGCUUGCGGAUUAUGGAGACUGGCUCGGAGCUUAGCAAGACCGUAGCCAUCUUUAUCGUCCAGAAGAUUUUGCUGGACGACAAUGGGCUCAACUACAUCUGCGCGACCUAUGAACGCUUCUACGCUGUUGGCACUGUCCUCAGCAACAUGGUGGCUCAGCUCGUCGAGCAGCAAACGGCGCGCCUUCUCAAGCAUGUUGUCAGGUGCUUCCUGAGAUUGAGUGAUAAUGCCAGAGCCCGCGAGGCCCUCCGACAAUGCCUUCCAGACCCCCUUCGAGAUGCCACGUUCUCCUCAGUUUUGCGCGACGACGCCGCUACAAAGCGCUGCCUCACUCAACUUCUAAUCAACCUUGCCGACAAUGGGGGCGAGCCGGGAACCGGACACCACGGCCUGUGA